CCGUUUCACAGAUCUGACAUAUUUUAAGCUCGUCGUCCCGAGAGCUCCGAGGACAACCAGGAUGCCAAGCAUCGUGUCGGCUGCGUUUGCCUUGGACAUGGAUGAAGUCCAUCGCGAAGCGUCAACUUCGUCAGGUGCAGCCGCCCCGUUGAGCUGCAGCCCCAACAAAAUCCGACUGCGCAUCGAUGCAGCCAAGGAGCAGGCCAAGGUCGUGAAUUCAGUGUACAAAGAAGGCGAAGUGAUCCACUGGAUGAGCGUGCGCAGUCCAGAAUUGGUCGAGUUCGGUCGGUCCCUGGAGAAGCGAGGGUUCAAUACGCUCGGUAGCAUUGCGUUCUUGACCGAAGAUGAGUUCGACCUGUCAUUGUCGGCGCCGCUCAAGGUGCCCCCUCCUUUCCAUUCCUCUUUAUUUGAUGAGGGUGUGUUGUAGCACACGCUCUUGACCGCCCUCGCACACCUGCGACACGAUCUGUAUCGCAUGUAACCAGCGGUGAAUUUUCAUUCGAAUGAAAACUCGACUAGGAAGCAGUAGUAGUAACGUUGUAUUUAUGUCAAGACCCCUUGCUCUCUUGUGGCCCUCUCUUGGUGUGGAACUACAGCAUCACAAGGACACCG